GGAUUGGCCCCCAGUCCUGCGCGGCGUGGCCGUCAGGGAGCUGGCGUGGCUGGCGGCUAGGACUCUGCGGCGCAGCGGCUCCUUUAAGCACCUCCCGGCACCGCCCCCGCCGCCCCGCCCCCGGCACGGCCUGGGUCUGUUUGGCCGUGGGGUCGGGUCCGCGCGGACCGCGAUGGAGCUGCACAUCCUAGAGCACCGGGUGCGGGUGCUGAGCCUCGCCCGGCCCGGUCUCUGGCUCUACACUCACCCACUCAUCAAGCUGCUCUUCCUGCCCCGCCGAAGCCGGUGCAAAUUCUUCAGCCUGACGGAGACCCCUGAGGAUUACACGCUCAUGGUGGACGAGGAGGGCUUCAAAGAGCUGCCCACGUCUGAGUUCCUACAAGUGGCCGAGGCCACGUGGCUAGUGCUGAAUGUGUCAUCCCACAGCGGCACAGCAGUGCAGGCUGCUGGGGUCACCAAGAUUGCCCGCUCAGUAAUUGCACCGCUGGCUGAGCACCACGUGUCCGUGCUGAUGCUGUCCACCUACCAGACAGACUUCAUCCUGGUGAGUUUCCUGCAGGUGCUGGGGCAAGGCAGGGUGGACACGGGUGCCUGGGGACCCGUGUAUUGUGUCAUCUUUGUGGCCCAGGUGCGGGAGCAGGACCUAUCCGUGGUGAUCCACACACUGGCCCAGGAAUUUGAUAUCUACCGAGAGGUGGGCGGGGAGCCUGUUCCUGUUGCCAGGGAUGAUUCCAGCAACGGCUUUCCCCGUGCCCAGCAUGGGCCCAGCCCCACAGUGCAUCCCAUCCAGAGCCCACAGAACCGCUUCUGUGUCCUCACGCUGGACCCUGAGACACUGCCAGCCAUCGCCACCACCCUCAUCGAUGUCCUCUUCUACUCGCACAGUGGCCCUAAGGAGGCAGCCUCUGGCAGUCCUGGAUCCAGCUCCAUCACCUUCUUUGCUUUCUCCCUCAUCGAGGGCUACAUCUCCAUUGUCAUGGAUGCUGAGACACAGAAAAAGUUCCCCAGUGACCUGCUGCUGACCAGCUCCUCGGGGGAGCUGUGGAGGAUGGUGCGCAUCGGCGGACAGCCCCUGGGCUUUGAUGAGUGUGGGAUCGUGGCCCAGAUUGCAGGUCCCCUGGCUGCGGCUGACAUCUCUGCCUACUACAUCAGUACCUUCAACUUCGACCAUGCCUUGGUGCCCGAGGACGGCAUCAGCAGUGCUAUCGAGGUCCUCCAGCGCCGGCAGGAGGGCCUGGGCUCCUGAGCAGCAGCCUCCGGCCUCUCCCCUUGCCCUCAGGCUUCCAGAGAUUUCUCGAAUAUUUCCUCAAGCUCUGGGACAUUCCUGCUGGGGGAUCCCUCCUUCUGCUCUGUGUAUAUAAGCUGUGGGCAGAGCACCGGCUCUCACGUGGACACACGUGUCUGCCCCCCACAGGGGAAUACGGUGCUCAGGGCUUCCUCCAGGAAGCCCUCAACCCAUCACUCCCUGCUGGGCCUCGGCGUUUGCACAUUCCCUGCCUGAGGCCCAAGCCUUCCCCCUUUCGGUAGCCCCGUCUGGCUGGCUGCUCCUGGACAGGGCCCUGAUCUCCGUUCUGCCUCGGGCUGGGGGUUGCCUUCCCUGGCCAGGUGAGUUCUGACAAGUGCCUCCCCUUCCUGGGACCACCAGAAGUAUUUUUACAUCUCUCUCUCUCUUCCUUUUUUUAUCAACUUGUUAAUAAAGAGCUUGUAGUGAGUGGG